AAGAAGUGCCUCCAUAAUAAAAAUUCAGAGAGAGAGAGAGAAAUAAGGCUUCGUUGCCGGCGAUCUGAAGGCGGCGGCCACUGCUCUCUAGAGAGAGAAAGAGAGAGAUUGACAGAGCGGAGAGUGCGAGGCUCUCUGAAACUUCGGUCCUCUUCUUCUCUUUCAGGACAAUAUCCUUGAAAAAAUGGGUGCUGGAGGUCGAAUGUCCUCUCCUUCGUCCCUCAAGAAGUCAGAUUCUGACCACUUGAAGCGAGUACCAUCCACAAAACCCCCAUUCACCCUUGGUGAGCUCAAAAAAGCCAUUCCCCCACAUUGCUUUCAACGGUCAGUCCUUCGUUCAUUCUCCUAUGUCGUUUAUGACCUUACACUAGCCUCUAUCUUCUAUUACAUUGCAACCACCUAUUUCCAAAACCUUCCUAGCCUCUUAUUUUAUCCAGCCUGGGCUGUGUACUGGGCUGCCCAAGGCUGUGUCCUGACUGGCGUAUGGGUCAUUGCUCACGAGUGUGGCCACCACGCCUUCAGUGAUUACCAGUGGCUCGAUGAUACUGUUGGCCUAAUCCUCCACUCUUUCCUCAUGGUCCCCUACUUCUCUUGGAAGUAUAGCCACCGUCGACAUCAUUCCAACACUGGUUCUCUCGAGCGAGAUGAAGUCUUUGUCCCUAAACAGAAAUCUGCCAUGAAAUGGUACUCCACAUACCUCAACAACCCACUUGGCCGAGUCCUCGUUCUCACCAUCCAACUGGUCUUAGGCUGGCCUCUUUACUUGGCCUUCAAUGUUUCCGGCCGUCCCUAUGACCGUUUUGCCUGCCACUAUGACCCGUACGGUCCCAUCUACUCUGACCGCGAGCGGUUGCAGAUAUUCAUUUCCGAUGCUGGGCUGCUAGCCAUCGCCUACGGGCUCUACCGCCUUGUUCUAGCCAAAGGCUUUGCCUGGGUGGUCUGUGUUUACGGAGUGCCACUGCUAAUUGUAAACGGAUUCCUUGUCCUGAUCACAUACCUUCAACACACUCACCCGGCAUUGCCACAUUACGAUUCCUCAGAAUGGGACUGGCUAAGAGGCGCAUUGGCAACAGUAGACAGAGACUAUGGCAUCUUGAACAAGGUUUUUCACAACAUCACUGACACUCAUGUGGCUCAUCACUUGGUCUCCACAAUGCCACAUUACCACGCCAUGGAAGCAACCAAGGCAAUCAAGCCAAUUUUGGGUCAGUACUAUCACUUUGAUGGGACUCCAGUUGUAAAAGCAAUGUGGAGAGAGGCAAAAGAGUGCAUCUACGUGGAGCCUGAUGAAGGUGACAAGAGAGGCGUUUUCUGGUAUAAAAACAAGUUAUAAUGUGCUUAUGGAAGAAGCAGUGAGAAGUGGAUUUUGCUUAAGGUGGGGGAACUUUUAAGCACUUUUCACUUUUCUCUAUAUCCUGGUUCUGCUACUACUCUAGAAGAACUGUUUGUUUUCUUCUUUGUUAUGGACCUUAGUUUCUGUUAUGGACCUUAGUUUCUGUUAUGGGUAAGUUUACUUCCUACCAAAAUGCCAACCCCUUGCGUUAAGUCGGUCAAGUUUCUUGGUUGGUUUGCUUUGCUGGUUCGUUUUGGUUUGGUUCUAGAUUACGAGAAACUAGUAGGUAUGCAGAUGCUCAACGAUAAAUCUUUCCGAUAUAAUGUUAAUAAUGCAUUCGGUUAACUCUUUGGAAGACUAUGCUGCAUCUAUGUUAUGGAUAGAUUAGGCUCUACAUGUGUAAUAAAUUUUCAUGUAUUGAAAGAUGUCUUUGGACUCUCGGCUUAAUAUAUUUUUAAGUUGAACGAGCA